AUGGACGGGACAAAGGUAAAGGCGAUAAUGGAAUGGAAAGUGCCAUCAAAGGUAAUCGCAUUACGAUCCUUCUUAGGGCUAGUCAACUAUUAUCGGCGAUUCAUACAGGGCAAUUCGGCAAGGGCAGCACCCCUCACUGACCUUCUUAAGAAGGGUAAGUCGUGGGUAUGGUUCGACGAGUGCCGACGAGCCUUUGACGACCUCAAGGCCGCGAUGAGCCAAGAGCAUGUCUUAGCAUUACCUGACUUCACCAAACCCUUCGAGGUCGCGGUGAGUCGGGAGCCUGUCUUAGCUUUACCUGACUUCACCAAACCCUUUGAGGUUCACACAGAUGCCUCUGACUUUGCUAUUGGGGGAGUACUGAUGCAAGAGCGACACCCUAUAGCGUUCGAAAAUCGAAAGUUAAAUGAUACCGAGCGACGCUACACGGUGCAGGAGAAGGAGAUGACAGCCAUCAUCCAUUGCUUGAGGGUAUGGCGACACUACUUGCUAGGAGCACAUUUCAGCAUUAAGACGGACAACGUGGCCACUAGCUAUUUUCAAACCCAAAAGAAGCUUUCCCUAAAGCAAGCCCGAUGGCAAGAUUUUCUAGCAGACAAAGCUGACGGGGACAUGCUCAUCCGAGAAGGGCUCGAAUGGGACCCCGUAUCUAAGGCUCUAAUGGGCUUUGCCAGGGAAGGAAAACCCAACGCUUUUGGGUAG